AUGGAGAAGAUUUUGCCAAAUUCUUUAUUGAAAGCUAUAAAAAUUCCUGGGAAAAGAUAUUUAUAUAGAAAUUUAUUACAGAUAGCAGCAUUUCUCUUCCUGUGUAUUAUACUUUAUCUUGGAUAUCAUGUGGUUUUUAGUGUAGGCAUUUGGUAUGGACAUCCAUAUGUGAGUAAAUGGUGUAAAUAUAAACAGAUACCAAGAUAUGCCUUGAAACAUGAACCUGAUGAAAUUACAAUUGUUACAGCACUGUUUGAUUUGGGCCUGGUAAAGAAAGGACAUGGUGUUCUAGACUAUCAUUCACCAUAUAAAUAUAAGGAAUGGGUUCGCCCCUUUAGUAAACUCACCAACCCUGUUGUUAUUUUUGUGGAAGAUGAUGAGAUUGCUAAAUAUGUAAGAAGUGUCAGACAUUGUUUACCAAAAUCUCAUACUAGAAUAAUCAAAGUUUCCAGAGAAGAAUUGUGGGCUUUUUCACUUUUGGAGAAAACUCGUAAAAUCUUUGAAGAGUCAACAUAUCCUAAGCAUUAUCCCUACACAACAAAUCCUGAAUUUUCAUGUUUAAUUCAUGCAAAAUAUGAAUUUUUAUUACAAGCUGUGAAGAAAAAUUAUUUCAAGACGCCAUAUUUUGCCUGGGUGGAUAUUACUAUGUUUAAAAAGCUUGAUGAGAGUGGAACUGACGUUUUUAAAAUGUUACCACCAGAAAAAUUCAAUCGAGAAAAAGUUGGUUUUACACAAGUAGGUCCUCAUGAUCCACAUUUAGAUUUAGAUUUUAUUAUGAUGUAUCGUGCUGUGUGGGUAUCGGGUAGUAUGGUGUUGGGAACCAAUCAAACCCUAAGUAGAUUUAUUAAGAGAUAUAAAUCAAGUGUGGAAUAUUUACUAGAUAAAGGACUAGCUAAUACAGAUGAACAUGUGAUAUAUUCCAUGUAUACUACACAUAUGAAGAAACCUGGUCAAGUUGGUAUUCAUACAUACCGUUGUCAUCAGGGUCAGCUGGGAUUAACGGGGAAAGACUCGUUCUAUUUUUGUUUGGGAUAUUUGUGUAAAGCUACUUGGGAGAAUAUUCAUGCUGGAAGCAGAGUUAAAACAGGAUUAUGA